AUGUACUCGAAUUUGUGCGACAUGUUUAAUGGAGAAGCUGUCGAUGGUCAGGCUGCUAGUAUAGACCUUGGUGAUGAGAUUGUGAUUCCAUCUUCAAAGGCAAUUCUUGACGAAGACCCAUUGACAAAAAAGGACAGUUUCGGUUUCCCGUUGAGCAUAUUCACAAAUAUUGACGACCAAGACAUCGGACAAAUCGAAUUUGUGGACGCAAAUUUGAAACGUGAAGUACCUUUGACGUCGGCUGAUCUUCGUUUUGGCGACUAUAUCCUUAAGAACAUUGAAGAAAAUAAGAAAUCAAGUGCAGGCAAAAACUACCGCAUUUGGAUGCUAGGUCAGCAUGACGAUCUUAUUGGAGUUGCUCCUGGGCAUGCUUUUUCUGGGCAGCUCGGUGUAUACGAUGUUUUGCUAAGAGUCGAGCACACAGUUAGUGGAUCCGAAGGCGCCAGGAGAGCUAUAAGUGCUCUUACUUCUACUGGAAAGAAUAUUGGUGAGACAGGACAAAAGAUGCGGCAGAGUUUCACAACAUGGUUCAAGGGUGGUGUUCAAAAUGCCGAGGAGGCCACUGAAUCCACCGAAUCGUCCCCAAAAUUAUUUAUAAUUACGCACGAUGAAGUCUGA